GGAAGAGAACAUUCCGCCUGCAAACCUGCACCACAAAAGCAGGAGAGAGAGAGAGAGAGAAUAGGAUGUUAGAGCAAUUGCAGGCAAGAAGCAAACUUGUACAUUUGAUGUGUUUUUUUCCAGGAGGGAGGAGCUGAGCACAGAGAGGAGAGGAGCAGUGAGAGGAAGGCAAAGGAGAAGAGGUGAGGGAUGGAUGAGAGGAGAGGAGGUUGCGUGGAAAUACAUGAGUAUAUGAGCUCCAGUGAGGGGUGAAGACGUUUCCAAUAGUCUCAAUUUCCUGAGAAGUGAUGAGUGCCCAAACCACAGGGAGCCCCAACACGGAGGUGAUGGUGGUCUCCAAUGAGAUGGCGUUGCUCAGCAACAUACUGGCAGCUUACACCUUCAUCGCAGACCAACCUGAGAGGACUGCGCUGGUGUUUCUGGGCGGCGUGAGUGUUGGCCUUCUCGUCACGCUCUGCGCCAUCGUCUUCCAGAUCCACUGUCGGGCCGACUGUCACUACGGCAACAGCAGACAUCCUCGCCGUCAUCACCACCACCACCAUCAACAUCACCAUCGACAAAAGCGCCACCAUCACCAUCACGUCUGUCAGCAUCAUCAGCCGGAAGACGGCAACCCUGACAACACUGUCGCCAUCCCUUCAGAGGGCGAUCGGCCUGGCGGGGACAGCGAAUCAGAAGACUGGGAUGAGGCCACGGACAUGUCGUCACGGAGACGCAGACGCUUUGAGAGAGCACUGCUGCAUGCUGGCAUGUUUACAUCGGCUGAAGACUUGGACCGGGCCCAGAGGCUAGAAGAGCGGGAAAGAAUUCUGAGAGAGAUCUGGAUGAAUGGACAGCCAGACAUCAGCACGGUCACUCAGAGCCUCAACAGAUAUUACUGACAACACACACACACACACACACACACACACACACACACACACACACACACGAACACACACACACGCACACACACACACACACUGAAGGUUGGAAGAGGAACACAAAGGACACACUAAGUGACAUUCACAAUGGAGUGGACAGGUGGCUAACCUGCUGUUGGUAGCAGAAAGUUGACAUUUCUAACACAAAGGUGCUUUCUUAUACUAAGUUUGUUUGGAUUGUGUUUGCUGUCGUUCAGGAAGUUGAAAAAUAAAGAAAAGAAAAAAGAAGGGCCCAACAGACAUGAUGAUUUGAUUCCGGUGCUUUUACUGUUGGGAUGUUUUGAA